CCGACCGUGUGCUUCUUUUUUAUUUAAUAAGGGCUUAACGUCUCUCCCGAAAGUUGACAUCUGUAAAUAUGCAGGCGGAAUCGGGAAUAGUUCCCGACUUCGAGGUCGGAGGGGAGUUUCAAGAGGAGCCUAAAACGUAUUACGAAUUGAAGAGUCAACCCUUGAAAAACAGCAACCCGUCGGACCCGCGCGGCUCCGCCAAGCCCCCGCUGAGCUCCUCGGCCAUGACGUCACGCAUCCUGUUGCGCCAGCAGCUGAUGCGGGAGCAGCUUCAGGAGCAGGAGCGCCGGGAGCACCAGAGACAACAAGCUUCCCAGUACCCACAAACCACAGCGGCCCAGACCCCGGCCAUCAAUGUCAGUGCCCCCGGCAGUCUGCCGCCUGCAUCCCAGGUGCCGAUGGAGGUGCUCAAGGUCCAGACUCACCUGGAGAACCCGACCAAGUACCACAUCCAGCGCUCCCAGCAGCAGCAGGUGAAGCGCUACCUGGGAAAGCUGAGCCUGCCCUGCCACAACCAGCCCUCUGACCACGGGGGCAUGCCGCCAGGGCCGGGCAACAGCGCCCCCAACAGCCCCAUGGCCUUACUGACCCUGAACUCCAACUGCGAGAAAGAGAUGGAUGAUGUCAUCGAUGACAUCAUUAGUCUGGAGUCCAGUUACAACGAGGAAAUCCUGGGCUUGAUGGACCCAGGACUCCAGAUGGCUAACACGAUCCCCGUGAAUGCCAACCUCAUGGACAUGUACGGUAAUCUGACCCAGCAAGAUCUGCCCAGCAGCAACUCGUGCCCGGCCAACCUGCCCAACAUCAAAAGGGAAUACUCCGUUUCACAACCCCCGGCCAUCAUGCAUAUGCUGGAUAAGACUGGAUCCUGCGGCAAAUUUGACAACUAUCAAAGGCCCGAAGGGUUCCCCGUGGAAGUAAGAGUGAUGGCAAAGGAAAGGCAGAAGAAGGAUAACCAUAAUUUAAUUGAGAGAAGACGACGGUUCAACAUCAACGAUCGAAUCAAGGAAUUGGGAACUCUAAUUCCCAAAUCGAAUGACCCGGACAUGCGCUGGAACAAAGGCACCAUCCUGAAGGCAUCGGUGGACUACAUCAAGAGACUACAGCGGGAGCAGCAGAGGGCCAAGGAGCUGGACAAUCGUCAGAAGAAGCUGGAGCACGCCAACCGACACCUGAUGCUGAGGAUACAGGAGUUGGAGACGCAGGCUCGGGCUCACGGCCUCGUCAUCACGUCUUCGGCCCUGUGCUCCGCGGAGCACGCCAGCCUCUCCAUAAAGCAGGAGACGGCUCUGGAGGACUGUCGCCAGGACCUGUACACCCUCCACCCCCAUCACCAACACCACUCGGCCCGCACCCCGGAGCCGCCCGGCGCCCUGGAGCUCAACGAGGGCCGCUCCAACUACCCGGAGGGUCACUACGCCGUCCGCCGCAAGCCGGGCUCCAAACUCGACGACAUCCUCAUGGACGACACCCUCUCAGGUGGAGACCCUUUGCUCUCGUCCCUCUCCCCGGACACCUCAAAGGACAGCAGUCGCAAGAGCAGCGUGAGCAUGGAUGAGAAUGAGCAGUGCUGUUAGCGGCCCCUGCUGGAAGACACCUCGCCUGCAUCUCCACCCGCCUCCACCCGGCUGCAAAGUGUGCCCCCCCCCCCCCCCCCCCCCCUCCAGUCAGCAGCUCACACACUUCCAGCCGCUGCAGCCGAGGCUUUUUCUCCCGUUUGUGUCAUUUGUUUUUGUCGUGUUUUUUUAUUUUAUUUUUGUUCUUCUCCCCCACCACCCAUGUUUACAUGUAUUGAAUCUUUUCCAUUCAUAUAUAUAUAUAUAAUUUUUUUUUUUUGGUGAUAUAUUUGUCCCUCAAACCUUGAUUUCAAGGACCGAUUAUAUAGCGUGCGUUUGCUUUAAUCAAUACUUUGUUGACAAUGAGUUAUGAGAAUAGACGUUUUUUUAAAAUAUAUUUAAAAGAAAACAUGCGUUUGACUUUGAGUAGAUUAUGUUUAUUUCUAUUGAUUCCAAAGAAUCUAGGGAAGUUCUAAAUCACAGUCAGAGAUGUAGAUAUUUUUUGGUGUUUAGAUGAACACAGCUUUUUAAAUCACUAGCAAUAAUAGAAGAAAGAAAAUCUAUUUAUUACUAUAGUGCUUUACACUCCUUGUGUCUUAGAUUGAACUUGAAUGUGCCGAUGCCUUAUUAAGAUGUUUUUUUGCCUGUUAGUCUUUGUCAGUCUUCCAGUGGAAAUUUCUUCCUCGCUGAAUAUGAAUCAUUUGUAGAUUUGAUCUUAUUUAUAUAUCCAUGUUAUGUACACAUUCCCCUAAAAUGUAUUUAUAACAAGGCAUUUAAAAGAGCCUUUUUUUUUUUUUAACAACAGAUAAUAAAUGAAAGCACAUUAAAAUAGGAUGCUAAUAUGUCUCCUUUAAGAUGAUUCAAAUGAACAAAAUCAGCCUUGAUAAUGGCUCAUUGUAAUAUGUCAGUAGUGUGUGCCAGAUAUUUGAUCAAUAAUCAUUCUUCACUGCCAAAACCAUAAAAAUAGCUGCUUUUUUUUUAAUAUGCCGUCUCAAAAAUAGCAGAAUUGUUGUUCAAAUCUUUAAAAAACGGCUGUCAAGAUGAAUCGUUGUAUUUUUAUUGUAUUUCUGUCUGUAGUGAUCAACUAUUUCGACACACUCAGACAAGUGAGUUUUUAUAUAAUUGUCCAUUUCCUAAAUUAUUCUUUUAAACAUUAUUCUUUUAACACCACUCUGGAUGUUUUUAGAUCUUUUUUUCCCUCCAUUAUGUGAACGUUUAUAUUGCCAAGGAGUAAAAGGAGACUGCUUCGGGAUUUUGUAUGACCUCGCGUGACAUUGUCAAAAACACUGGAAUGACCUCUGUAAUUUGAAAUGUGGUUUUGUUCACCCUUUUUUUUCCAUUACUAUUAUUAUUAUUAUCUAAGCAUAAACUAUUGUGUUUGCCUUUUACAACAGAAUAUAUUGUAUGAGAUUGUAGAUUCUUUAUGGCGUAUGGUUGCUGUAUAUUUCUGCGGUUUGUUUUCAACAGUUGUAGCAUCAGUAUUCCUUUUGUUUUGAACGACCUGCCAUAUGUCGAGAGCCCUGCUACAGCACAACCUCCAUGUUUGUCAAACUAUGCAACGGUCGACGUUGUGUCUCGACAAUGUGAUCGAGAUGAAGUAGCCGGAAGUAAUUCUCUCUUUUUCUUUUUUUUAUUGAUUUGAAGUGCCUUACGGUCCUUUCCGUUGCCCUGGUGAUGUUGGUGGAGUGAUGCAACAUGUUGUUGGUGUUUAUUCUGGCGUUUGGUGCUUCGUGUAUUAGUCGUCGGUCGGUACAAGAGAACACGAUUCCGGUUAUGAUGGAACCCCAACGUGUUCAUUCCUGAAUGAAUAAAUAAGGCAUUAUGAGAUAAAUCAUCAGGAGAGGAAAUAGAGUCAAAUUCAUAAAGUAGUCAACCACUGGAUUCUGAAAUCAUUUAAUUUAACCUUCAAAAAAACAUUAUCGUGAAUAAAUGUGAUGUCGUUACUGUUGUUUUCACACAAAGUGUUUUAUUUAUUUUGUUUAUUUUGUUACUACAUCUGUACAGCAUUUGUUUUUGUUUUUUUCAGUGCCCUUUUUUUCAUAAAGUCUGUUUUUACUCGAUAUUGUCAUUUUCCCCAACGACACUUUUGUUUUCGUAACGGUCACCAGCCGCUCUAUCUUUAGAAGUGCCCCCCCCCCUCCUCCUCCUCCUCCUCCUCCCUUCGCCCCCUCAGGCCGUCACUGGGUCCUCGAUGUUGAAGCGACGGCACGAAGAAACAAACUUCACUCGAGCACAACGUGGCUACAAAAGUGACCCAGCCAGUGUUAUUAGCACCUUACCGCUGCGGCAAUAGUGUGCCUUUUAAAGUUAUUAAAGAGAAAGAAACAUAAUCGGGAAGAGGUGAGAGGUCAGAGGCGACGGGAGCGGCCCAGCCAGCAGGCCGUUGUUGCUCCUGCUGAGAGGGUCACGCGAUUGGCCGAAACUACGGUCAUAAGAAAAGAAAAUAAUUCAAGUGUGAUUGGGGAAAGUGCAAUGCUUUGAAAAUAAGAACGAAGAAACAACAUUUCAUCGUGAGUUGAGUUGCAUAUGAUUAUUUCAUUCACAACGUCUUUGUGUAUUUCCUAUCGAACAGGUGGGCGUGGUUGUCCGUGUUGUUGUUUGUUCAUUGCGGUCAAACUGGACACCGAAGGCAGCGUUUCCAAAGUCGUGCUGAAUAUUCGACGUCCUUUCGGGACGAGUGUGAACGCAGUUCAACGUGCCAAAAUGAUAUGUGCUCUACUUGUUCUGUUUUUUUAACAGCUCAGCUGAUGCAUGAUGACAGCGAUGCCUAAAUACUCAUUCAAUCCGGCCUUUGUGGAAGUGAUACCCAUCUUUGGAAACGGUCGUUUUUGGGGAGGGGAAAAAAGAAAUCUAUUUAAUCAUUUCUUUUUCUGGAGCUUUUUCCGCAUCUCACGGUCUUCAUCGGCAGAUGGAGGUCGCUUAGCUGUCGUCACGUGCCGGAGCGGUCGCCAUGGUUACACCGAUGCCAGCUACUGAGCCUUAUUAGUGCAAUAGACACGUGUGCCAUUGCCCUUUGACUGAACCCAAAUAAGCUUUAUUUUUUAAUGGAACACGAAUCAUCGAAAAACCCUGAAAUGUGACAUUAUGGAAAGCCAUCGUUAUGACCGAUUCCUAUUCAUGGAUCUUCCAGCUAUUAAUUAUGAUGGCACAUUAUGGGUAAACCUUGUCAGCCUCGGUCUCGAUCCCUUCUGCUCACUCAUUCGGACAACGUUGCUCCUGUUCUCAUCGUUACAGAAUAUGUGAGAUGCGUGUAGCAAUAGUUUCAGAUUAGAGAACUCAAACCCCAUUGGUAGUCAAUGUUGAAACUAUCUGUGAGAAAUAUUAAAAGUUUUAUUUGAAGGUU